AUGGGCAUGAUCAAUAUCAGUGUCAAUGGAGACUUCAUCCUGGCAGGCUUCUCUGACCAGCCCUGGCUGGAAAAGAUACUUUUUCCAGUUGUUUUGAUAUCUUAUCUCCUAACACUUGUGGGAAAUACGGUAAUUAUUCUGAUCUCCUCUAUAGACCCUAAACUGAAAACACCCAUGUACUUCUUUCUUACUCACCUAUCCCUAGUAGAUAUCUGUUUUACCACCAGUAUUGUCCCUCAGCUGCUGUGGAACCUAAAAGGACCAGCCAAGACCAUCACAUUCCUGGGUUGUGUCAUCCAGCUCUAUGUCUCCCUGGCACUGGGCUCCACUGAGUGUGUUCUCCUGGCUGUAAUGGCUUUUGAUCGCUAUGCUGCAGUUUGCAAACCUCUCUCUUAUACAACUGUGAUGAACCCACAGCUGUGCCAUGCCCUGGCAGGGGUUGCAUGGGUGAGUGGACUAGGAAACUCUGUCAUCCAGAGCACCAUGACCCUCUGGUUGCCUCAUUGUGGACACCAGUGGCUCCAUCAUUUCUUCUGUGAAGUGCCCUCCAUGAUUAAGCUUGCAUGCGUGGACAUCCAUGCCAACGAGGUCGAGCUCUUCAUUGCUUCAUUGGUCUUGCUCCUUUUGCCCUUAGGACUGAUACUGCUGUCCUAUGGACAUAUAGCCAAGGUAGUUUUAAGGAUCAAGUCUUCCCAGGCCUGGCACAAAGCUCUGGGAACAUGUGGAUCGCACUUGAUGGUAGUGACCCUCUUCUAUGGGACCAGCACAGCUAUCUACAUCCAGCCCAAUAGUGCUUAUGCCCAUACUCAUGGGAAAUUCAUCUCUCUCUUCUAUACAGUUGUGACCCCAAUGCUGAAUCCCCUCAUUUACACACUGAGAAAUAAAGAUGUAAAAGGAGCCCUGGGGAGACUAUUUCACAGAGGCCUAGGCACAUGA